UCAGCCUCGAUCUAGAUACGAGAUUAAGCCAUGUGAUCCAGGUGGCCAAUCAGAAGACUCAACCAGGGGACCAUACUUUAUUUCCCUUUCAGAAAAAAACCUCGCUAGAUCUCGCUGCAGUUCUAGAUCUUUCUAGUCAUUGUGUACGUGUGACUAAUGUUAAGUCUCACAGUCCACAAUGUUCGGGGCGAAAGACAGAUUUCUUGAAAGGUAAUCGUGGCUGUACACAUCCCAGGAAGCUGUCUGAGGUGAAAGGUUCCCAGCAGAGAAGUGACAUUGCGCACCAUCACCAUCUGCCCCGAUCUUUACCCUUCACGCAAGUCUCAGAUUCACAUCUUUACCUGUGCGGUGUGACUAUGGCUCGGUGUUUUCGUGCCAUCAUGCUCUUCUUCGCCGUAUACGUCACCGUCUUAGUCCUCUUCCUGCAAUCGCUCUCACGGCUCGGCAGCAGCAGUAGCGUCAACAGCAAGUUGCCCGUCAUUGUCGUUGACAACGACCCAGAUGAAGAAGACGCUACCGACAACACUAUUCGAUCGGUGCCAAGCGCGGAAGUCACACUUGAGAAACCACAGGGCCUAGAGGAAGGGAUACUGCAGUUGGAUAGGCAGGUGUCCGACAUGAUCUCGACAGUGGAUAUAAACCAAAAUGAUGUGAACCUUCGCCUGGUCGACGACAUCACGAGGAUUGACAGAGACAACACCACCGCCGCUGGAGACCGCUUGCAGUCGCAGGACAUGCUGUCGGCCGUGAAGAAGAAAGAGAGGAAAGCGCUAGACUAUAGCAACAGCACUUUAAUUAGGGUCAUCGAUGACCUGGCUGUCUUCUCCGCCUACCACGACGACCGCCAGGACAAGGUGUGGGUGCGUAUGAUGGUGAUUGUACAUUACAACUCCACCAACAAAACGGGACUGCUGUGCCACUUCGAUUACGGAGAAAACAAUGGCGUCUACACAAUGGAGGCUGCACAAUAUGAGAUGUGCGAAAAUCACCGUAGGAAUAUCUCGGCUUCAUCUACUCCUGUUCUGUGCCGUUGGGACGUGACCUUAACUAUACGCUGGCGGUGUCGCACUUAUCUAGCAACGACAGGCACGUUGCGGUUCCUGUAGAGCGUGUGUCGCCACCAGUCACUUCCGGUCAAAAGGUCAGCACAGACAAGUUCGCCUACAACUUUAGCAUCUGUGUCUCCCCACUCUUUGGCUCCGUGAGCCCCAAGCGACUUGUGGAGUUUCUGGAACUCACACGGCUACUGGGUGUUCAGCAGAUCUUCUUCUACGACUUCUCUA